UUGACAGUGUGAUAGUUACAUUGUUCUUAUCCUAUAGUGUUUACACUGUGUAUAGGGUGUGUGGCUCUGGUGGACAAUGUGAACUGUUGUUAGUCUGUGUGAUCUGUCUGUGUUAAACCGUGCAUGUGUGGAUCAGCUGAUUCAGAGCACUUACAGAAACAGCAGUCAAUAAUAAACACGGGGAAUUAAUAAAAACAUUUCUGUAGUUUCUCUUCUAAAUAUCUGAAGAUCCAAAUAUCUUCAUCAAGGCGAUGUGAGUCCGGUUUUUAUUUUAGGCACUGAAAUGCAGGACGAGAGCGAAGGAAAAUUGUCACGGUGGGCUUGGUUGCCCUCUUGGCGUCCUACCUCACCUUCUCUAUUGAAGAAUACAGAGACAAAAAUUCUAGAUCGUGUCCAGAAUGAUCUGUGGGCCAGAUUUGUCUCACUGCCGACUCAGGACCGAAUCUGGACUCUGACGGUCACACAUAAAAGUCUUAGAGAUGCUCCAAAAGCAUCCUCACAGACUCCUCUGGUGAUGGUGCACGGGUUUGGAGGAGGUGUAGGACUGUGGAUUAGGAACCUGGACCCUCUGUGUCAAUCACGUCCUGUUUUUGCUUUUGACCUGCUGGGAUUCGGACGUAGCUCCCGCCCUCGCUUCUCGCUGGACCCAGCCAAGGCUGAGCAACAAUCUGUGAUCGCUAUAGAACACUGGAGACGGGCGCUGGGCCUGGAGAAGGUGAUCCUAUUGGGUCACAGUUUAGGGGGUUACCUAGCAACAUCCUACGCCAUACAGUAUCCGGACAAAGUUCGUCACCUGAUCCUGGUGGACCCCUGGGGUUUCAUGCCCAUGCCUGAAGAGGGAAUGACGGGCUUGGGAUGCCCACGCUGGGUGCAUACGCUCGUCGCUGUGGCGUCUUUCUUCAACCCUCUGGCGAUCAUCCGAGCUGCUGGACCAUGGGGGCCGAAGAUAAUCAGUCGUGUUCGACCAGACUUUAAGAGGAACUUUGAGGAGCUUUUUGAGGACGAUACUAUAAUGGAAUACAUUUAUCACUGCAAUGCACAAACUCCCAGUGGGGAGGUUGGUUUCAAGGCCAUGGCCAUUUCUUUGCUCUGGUCGAAAAGGCCCAUGCUGGACCGGGUUCACCUCCUGCCCCCUGAUCUCCCGGUGACCCUGGUGUACGGAGGCAAGUCGUGGAUGGACAGCCGGACGGGGGAGAGAGUAGCCCAGCUCCGGCCGAACAGCUACACCCGCACGGUGGUGGUGGAAGGAGCUCCUCAUCAUGUUUAUGCUGACAAACCUGAAGCUUUCAAUGCACUGGUGCAGAACAUCUGUGAUGCUGUGGAUUGAACUAUCAUCUUCAGCACUUCUCCCCUGGACUGUGUUGAAUUGUAUUGAAUUGGUUUGGCAUUGUGUUAUGGUGUUUAAGUGAUGCAUAACAUUCACAAAAGCUGGAUAGCAAAAUUGAGGCCAGCAUUUCUUUAUUAAGAUUUUAUAUUUUUUAAGAGGCUAUAUAAGUAUACGUUUUUAAAACCUACAUUUUCUACCCACAAUGCAGUUUUUUGUCUGUGGUAUGUAUUUUAGUAGGUUCCAGACAGUACUAAUCACUGUGUGUUUACAUUACAGAGAGAAGUAUCACAUAUAACACUAUAGUGUUGCAGUACCAACAUAGUGCACUAUUUGCUCAGUACAACACCAUUUGAGAUACACACACACACAAAAUGAAGCUCAGUAGUUCAGGCACUGGAGUAUUAAUCAGAAGGCUGUUGGUAUAAGCCCCACCACUGCCAGGUUGCCACUUCGAGGAUAAGCAAAGUCCUUGGGUUGGGUUGGAUUUGUAUUUGUCAUUAGUGUAGGUUGCUUUGGAUUAAAGUGUCUGCUAUAAAUGAACCUGCACUCAUAAUUAAUAUAAUUAACACACUAGGUUGCUCAGUACAAACCUUUGAUUCAAUCAACCUGUUUUUCAGAUGGAAUCGGCAACUAUUAGUAUUUUACCUCAAAUCAAAUCACUUUAUUGUCGUGUCACAUUAACACAGGUGUGAAAGGUGAGUGAAAUGCUUAGGUGCUCAUACCUCAUGCUUAUAGUGGUUGCAUAUUAAGUACAUACACUAGAUGGCCAAAAGUAUUUGGACACCUGACCAUGAGCUUGUUGGACGUCCCAUUUUAAAAACAAAUGGCUUUAAAAUAGUGACCUCUAUGUGAUUUGUUUAGGACUUUGUGCCCAUUUAGUCAAAAGAGCAUUUGUAUGGCUGGGCAUACUUUAUUUGUUGAGUUUGCUUUGUGCACAGAGGCACAGUAAUGCUGGAACAGAUGAAGGGGUGUCCCAGUACUUUUGUCACUAUAGUGUAUUUUUAUAUUGUGAAGCUGAGACUGUUAGUAUCACAGCUGACUAAUGCACUAGUCCAUCACUGUGGAAAAAGCAUUUUUUUUUUUUUUGUCACAAACAUUGAUCAUUGCUCAUGAUGAACCAGGUUCAGUUGGGUUUUUUAUAUAGUUAAAUCCUAAUUGAUAACACAUUAACUGUCUUUUUGUGUAUUCCAUUUUACACCAGUCAGAAAUGACAAAUGUUUGUUAAAAGCUUUAAAUUAUUUUUAUUGGUUUGUAUGAACAAAUAUGACUGUAAUAUGGUCCUUUA